UCCCGCCCGUCACAGGCGGCCGCGGCUGCAGAGUUCGGCGAGGUAGUUCCGGAGUGGCGCACGGCGUCCCGGAACUGAGCCGGCCGGUGUUUGGAGCUCGGGGCGCGGGGUCGAGCAUGUCGGGGCGAGGCAAGCAGGGCGGCAAGGUGCGCGCCAAAGCCAAGUCGCGUUCGUCGCGCGCGGGCCUGCAGUUCCCCGUGGGCCGCGUUCACCGGCUGCUGCGCAAGGGCAACUACGCGGAGCGCGUGGGCGCGGGCGCGCCGGUCUACCUGGCGGCCGUGCUGGAGUACCUGACGGCCGAGAUCCUGGAGCUGGCGGGCAACGCGGCGCGCGACAACAAGAAGACGCGCAUCAUCCCGCGCCACCUGCAGCUGGCCAUCCGCAACGACGAGGAGCUCAACAAGCUGCUGGGCCGCGUGACCAUCGCGCAGGGCGGCGUCCUGCCCAACAUCCAGGCGGUGCUGUUGCCCAAGAAGACGGAGAGCCAGAAGGUGAAGAGCAAGUGAACCCGACGGGUGCAGAGCCCACCGCAGCCCGCAGCCAAUAAAGUCGGUGAAAAGCGA